AAAUAGUUUCUGAUUUCUGCAGCUCUCGAAGCUCGUCGUCGAUCUGUUCUUCACGUUUGUCGAUUAAUAGCUUUCUCUCACGAUUUUCUUCGCCUCCCGAUUGUUUGUUCCCUCGGUUAAUUUUGGAGGGAGAAGAUUUGAGGAGUUGGAAAAGAGGGAAAGAAGUUUUGUGAAGUAGGAGCAUCGAUAGCCCCGAGAAAAAGGGGAGAUAACUAGGGUUUGUGAUAAGUUGGAGAAUUCGGAGGAAAUUGUGGGGACUUCCAUGGGCGAUGGAGUUGCGUGCAUGCCUUUGCAGCAGCAUCAACAUCAGCAUAUCAUGGAGAUGUUUCCAGUUACAGAAAAAUCUCUUUGUCCCAACAAUGAGCUCACUUCAAAGCCUGUUAAUAUCAAAGACAACGCAGAGCAGCAACAGCAGCAGCAGAAGCAAGCAACAGGAAUCACAACAGCAGCUGCCGCGAAAGAAGAAAAAACUGGUUAAGGUUAAGAAAGUAGUGGUGGUAAAGAAGAAGGUGUUAGUGGGAUCGACAGCAGCAGCAGCAGCAACAUCAAAGAAGAGUGAAUUGGUAGUUAAAGCAAAGAGUGAAGCGGGACUGAAAGGCAGUAAAGAUAUCGAUAAAGGUGAGAAUUCUGGGCAGGAGGAGGAAGUGGAAGAAGGUGAAUUGGGGACUUUGAAGUGGCCUGGAGAAGGGGAGAAUGGGGAGGUUGGGACUGACAAGUCAAAGAGUGGGGAAAUUGGGAAGGGAGAGAUUGCUAGUGAGAAAUGUAGGAAGGCAGAAGUAGUGAAGGAAGAUAUUGUUUCUGAGGUGAAAGUAGAGCCGGAGAAAGGGGAAACAGUAUCUAAAGAAAAAGGGGAGGUGAUGAAUGGAGGCAUUGUUACAGGUAAAUGGAGAAAAGGGGAUGUGGGGAAGGGGGAGAUGGCUAUGGAAAAAGGAAGGAAAGGGGAACCUGAAAAGGGAGAAUUUGGGUCAUGGCGAUGUGCCAAAGAUGACCUAGAAAAAGGAGAAUUCAUUCCUGAUAGAUGGCAUAAGGGGGACUUAAUGAAAGAUGAGUACAGUUACAGUAAAUAUCGGAAGUAUGAGUUCGGAAAAGAAAGAAGCUGGAAAUAUGAAAUGGAACGUACACCACCUUCUGGAAAGUACUCAAUUGAUGAUCUUCAUCACAGGAAGGAAUUCAGUAGAAGCACUGCGCAUAGCAAAAGUUCUUCCAGAUGGGAAACUAGCCUGGAAAAGACUUCUAGAAUCAGUUCAAAGAUUGUGGAUGAGGAAGGCUUGUAUAAGAGUGAGUACAGCAAUGGUAAGAACCAGGGGCGAGAGUACCCUUCUUCUGGUAAUAAUAGGUUGAAGCGGCAUGGUACUGAUUUAGAUAGCAGUGACCGCAAGCAUUAUGGAGAUUAUGGGGACUAUGCAAGUUCAAAAUGCCGGAAGCUCUCUGAUGAUUUUGGUCGGUCCCACCCAGAGCUCUAUACACGCUGCUCUGUUGAGAAGUUCUAUAGAAAUUCUUCUUCAUCAAGAAUGUCUUCAUUGGAGAAGUACUCUUCAAGACAUCAUGAAUCCUCUUUGUCAUCUAGGGUUGUUAAUGAUAAGCGUGGGCGAAGUCCGGGAUAUCCUGAGCGGUCCCCACAUGACAGGAUCAGGAAUUAUGAUCAUAGGGACCGGAGCCCAAUUCGACGUGAGAGAUCCCCUUGGGACAGAUCCCCAUAUGCUCUUGAGAAAUCCCCAUAUACUCGUGAUAGAUCCCUGUAUGCUCACGAGAGAUCCCCAUAUGAUCGAAGCCAUCACUAUGAUCAUAGAAACAGAAGUCCUAUUAAUGCAGGGCGUUCCCCAGAGGAUCGAGCUAGAUUUCAUGAUCGUAGAGACCGGACCCCCACCUAUAUGGAACAGUCUCCCCAUGAUCGGAAUAAGACCAAAAAUCAAAGAGAGACAAGUAAAAAAGGUGCCUCAAAUGAGAAACGUGUCUCACAAUAUGGUUCUAAAAGGCAAGAAGAUAAAGUCAGUCGGAGGGAUCAUACUGGAAGAGACUCACAUUCCUCAGCUAAGGAUCCUCAAGAUAGAACCAGUGUGCUCAAUUUAAAUGAAUCAGAUGAAAAAAAUGGUGUGUGUGAGUCCAAUAAAGAAGAUCAAUCCCCAAGUCCCAGUGUAAAUCGCCAAGAACCUCCUCUUAUUAAUGGGGCACCUCCCGAAGAGCUGCAAUCAAUGGAAGAAGAUAUGGACAUAUGUGACACACCACCUCACAUUCCUGUGGUGGCCGAGUCUGCCAUUGGUAAAUGGAUUUAUCUUGAUGCUUUUGGUAUUGAACGCGGGCCUUCAAAAUUAUGUGACCUUAAGGAACUUGUGGAAGAAGGGGUUCUUUUGUCUGAUCAUUUGAUCAAGCAUUUGGAUAGUGAUAGGUGGGUGACCGUUGAAAAUGCAGCUUCUCCCUUGUUGACUGUGAGUUUCCCAUCCAUUGUAUCUGACACAGUAACGCAGCUAGUUAGCCCUCCUGAAGCUCCUGGUAACCUACUGAUAGAAACUGGAGAUCCCAGGGCAUUAGGCGCUCACAGUGGUGAUGAGACCUUGAUGAACUUCCAAGAUGACAGUGCAGCUGCAACUUAUUCCUUAGAAGAUCUUCACAUUGAUGAAAGGGUUGAAGCUCUGAUGGACGGUAUUGACAUUAUCCCUGGCAAGGAGCUUGAAAUAGUUGGAGAAGCUCUGCAAAUGACCUUUGAUGAUGCAGAAUGGGAAGGGCGGGGAAAUUUUGAUGGUUUCACGUGGCUUUUGAGUUGCACAGGGGAUCAACAUGAUAAAGUAACUGAUGAAUUAUCUAGCUACUCUGACAUCAACUCAAAGGAUGCUGCAGAGCCCAGAGUUGCUGCAAUAUCCGACUGUUCCUCUUGUGGCGACUCUAUUGAAUGGUUUUCUGGUCGAUGGUCAUGCAAGGGUGGGGACUGGAAGAGGAAUGAGGAAGCUACUCAGGAUAGAUCUAGAAAAAAACUCGUUCUUAAUGAUGGUUACCCUUUAUGUCAUAUGCCAAAGUCAGGGUAUGAGGACCCUCGCAGGCAUAUGAAAGAUGAUCUGUACCAUCCUUCUCAUAGCAAAAGGCUUGACCUCCCUCCUUGGGCUUUCUUGGUUUCAGAAGAGAGAAAUAAUGAUAAACCCUCUGCUGUGAGAGGAGUUAAGGGAACCAUGCUUCCAGUUGUAAGGAUAAAUGCAUGUGUGGUUCAGGAUCAGGGCUCAUUUGUAUCUGCACCUCGCACAAAAGCUCGAGUGAAAGAGAGACAUUCUUCAAGAUCUGCCCGGUCACACUCUACAACUGGUGAUAUCAAGAAAUCAUCUGCAGAAAGUGAUUCAUUAUCAAAAGCUGUUAAUGACCAAUGCUUGAAACGAUCGUGGAAGUUGUUUGCAUCCAUUAAUACUCCUAAAGACCAUGUUUGUACUGUUGAUGAGUUGCAGUUACACUUGGGUGAGUGGUUCUACCUUGAUGGUGCUGGGCAUGAAAGGGGACCUUCAUCAUUUUCUGAACUUCAGGUUUUGCUAGAUCAAGGAGUUAUUCCAAAACAUAGCAGCGUAUUUCGUAAAAAUGAUCAAGUUUGGGUUCCAAUCACCUCGGCUGCUGGGAGUCUUGAAGCCACUACAUGGAAUCAGCCUAAGAAUGCUGCACCAUCUGCCGAUUCUUCUGGAAAUCUACUUUUAGAUUCACAAGGUGUCACUGUUAGUGAUAAUAAUGCAAGUUCCAGUUCAUUUCACAGGCUACACCCACAAUUCGUUGGAUAUACCUGUGGGAAGCUUCAUGAAUUGGUAAUGAAAUCGUUUAAGAGUCGGGAAUUUGUUGCAGCCAUAAAUGAGGUUUUAGACCCAUGGAUUAGUGCAAAACAGCCAAAGAAAGAAAUGGACAAGCAUAUUUAUCAGAAAACAGAUAGUGGAAAACGAGCACGGAUUAUGGUUAAUGGAAGCGAAGAGGAGUAUGACAUUGAAGAUGAGUUGCAGUCAAUCCAAAAGGGUGAGCUUCCAUUUGAAGAUUUAUGUGGUGAUGCAACCUUCCAUGACCAAGAGAGUGCUUGUUCCAUUAGUGAGAUGGGGAGCUGGGGCUUGUUGGACGGUCUUGUGCUGGCACGAGUCUUCCAUUUCUUGAGAUCUGACAUGAAAUCCCUUGCCUUUGCUUCUUUGACUUGUAAACACUGGAGAAGUGCUGUCAGGUUUUACAAGGGGAUUGCAAGGCAGGUUGACUUGUCAUCUCUUGGUCCUAGUUGCAGUAACUCUAUAGUGCAGAAAAUCAUGAAUUGUUAUGACAAAGAAAAGAUAAAUUCCAUGAUUCUAGUAGGUUGCACAAGCAUAAGUACAAGCACACUUGAAGAAGUUCUUCGUGUUUUUCCUAGUUUAUCUUAUCUAGAUGUUAGAGGUUGCGGCCAGUUUGAGGAAUUGAUGGUCAAAUUUCCCAAUUUGAAGUGGUUCAAGAGCAGAAGUUUGCAUGCUAUGACGAUCUUGGAUGAUUCUAACUCUAAAAUAAGGAAUCUGAAACAAAUUACUGAGAAAACUUCAGCUGGCCUUAAAACAGGCCUGGGGAAUGCUAUAGAUGAUUUUGGUGAAUUGAAGAGCUAUUUUGAAAGCGUUGAUAGAAGAGACUCUGCAAACCAAUUAUUUCGCCAAAGUUUAUAUAGGCGUUCAAAGUUAUUUGAUGCCAGGAAGUCCUCCUCCAUUUUAUCCAGGGAAGCUCGUAUCAGGAGAUGGGCCAUUAAAAAAUCUGAAAAUGGGUACAAGCGAAUGGAGGAAUUCCUUGCUUCUAGUAUACGGGAUAUCAUGAAGGAGAAUACAUCUGAUUUUUUUGUGCCCAAGGUUGCACUAAUUGAGGAAAAAAUGAAAAAUGGUUAUUACAUUGGACAUGGUCUAGGUUUUGUUAAAGAGGACAUCAGCCGGAUGUGCAAGGAUGCAAUAAAAGCAAAGAAUUGUAGUGGUGCUCGAGACAUGAACCGCAUAAUUACUUUAUUUAUCCAGCUUGCCACACGUUUAGAAGAGGGUGCUAAGAUUACUUCCUCUUAUGAAAGAGAUGAAUUGCUAAGGUCUUGGAAAGAUGACUCAUCAACUGGGUUCUCAAGGUACAAGAAGAAAUUUGGUAAGGCAGUCACUGAAAGGAGGUACAUGAACAAGAGCAAUGGCACUUCUUUUUCUAACGGUGUUUUUGAUUAUGGGGAAUAUGCAUCUGAUAGAGAAAUUAGAAAGCGGUUGUCCAAACUUAAUAGGAGAUCUCUUGACUCAGAAAGUGAAACAUCUGAUGAACUUGAUCACUCCUCUGACGAUGGAAAAAGUGAGAGCGAGAUUGAGAGUACAACUUCAGAUACAGAGAGUGAAUUGGAUUUCAAGCCUGAAGGUCGGUCUGUAGAGUCGAGAGGGGAUGGAUACUUCAUGGCUGAUGAUAGUUUUGAUUCUAUGACUGAUGAUCGUGAAUGGGGUGCUCGCAUGACCAAAGCCAGUUUGGUUCCCCCUGUCACUAGGAAAUAUGAUGUCAUCGAUCAGUAUAUUGCUGUAGCUGACGAGGAGGAUGUGCGGCGUAAGAUGCAGGUAUCCUUGCCAGAGGACUAUGAUGAGAAGCUGAAUGCUCAGAAAACUGGCACUGAGGAGUUGGAUAUGGAACUUCCUGAAGUCAAAGAUUAUAAACCCAGAAAAGAGCUUGGAGAUGAAGUUAUAGAGCAAGAAGUUUAUGGAAUUGAUCCUUAUACUCACAACCUUUUACUUGAUUCCAUGCCUGGCGAGUUGGAAUGGCCUUUAGAGGACAAGCAAUCUUUUAUCGAAGAUGUUCUCCUUCGAAAUCUGAAUAAGCAAGUUAGACACUUCACAGGCACUGGGAACACUCCAAUGAUGUAUCCCUUGAAGUCCGUUGUAGAAGAAAUUAAAAGAGUUGCUGAGGUGGACUGUGAUAAACGAACAAUGAAAAUGUGUCUAAGUAUACUGAAAGCCAUUGAUGCUCGUCCUGAUGACAAAUAUGUUGCUUACCGAAAGGGUCUGGGUGUUCUUUGCAACAAGGAAGGUGGUUUUAGAGAAGAAGAUUUUGUUGUAGAGUUUUUGGGAGAGGUUUAUCCUGUUUGGAAAUGGUUUGAGAAGCAAGAUGGUAUACGGAUAUUGCAGAAUAACAGCAAGGAUCCAGCUCCUGAGUUUUACAACAUCUACCUUGAGAGGCCAAAGGGUGAUGCUGCUGGAUACGAUUUAGUUGUUGUUGAUGCCAUGCACAAGGCAAAUUAUGCGAGUCGAAUUUGUCAUUCUUGUCACCCUAAUUGUGAAGCCAAAGUUACUGCUGUAGAUGGUCAGUACCAAAUUGGAAUCUAUGCUCUACGUCCAAUACGAUAUGGCGAGGAGAUUACAUUUGAUUAUAACUCCGUUACAGAGAGCAAGGAAGAAUAUGAGGCAUCUGUCUGUCUCUGUGGUAGUCAAGUUUGCCGUGGCAGCUACUUGAAUUUGACCGGUGAAGGUGCAUUUCAGAAGGUACUGAAGGAGUGGCAUGGUAUACUGGAUCGACAACAGCUAAUGCUGGAAGCUUGUGAACUAAAUUCUGUAUCUGAAGAAGAUUACCUUGAGCUAGGGAGGGCUGGCCUAGGCAGCUGUUUACUUGGUGGAUUGCCUGAUUGGUUGGUUGCAUACUCAGCUCGAGUGGUGAGGUUUAUAAAUUUUGAGAGAACAAAGCUCCCUGAGCAAAUUUUAAGGCAUAAUUUGGAAGAGAAGAGGAAAUACUGUAUAGAUAUAUCUCUUGAUGCAGAGAGGAACGAUGCUGAGAUUCAGGCUGAGGGCGUCUAUAACCAGAGGCUUCAGAAUUUGGCUAUAACCCUUGACAAGGUGAGGUAUGUUAUGAGAUGCGUGUUUGGUGACCCCAAAAAGGCUCCACCUCCCAUAGAGAGGCUCAGUCCUGAGGAAGCUGUAUCAUUUCUCUGGAAAGGUGAGGGAUCACUUAUUGAGGAGCUUCUUCAGUGCAUGGCUCGCCAUGUGGAAGAGGAAAUACUCAAUGAUUUGAGGUCCAAGAUUCAAGCCCAUGACUCAUCAUGGUCUGACAACAUUCUUGAAGAACUUCAGCGAUCUUUGUUAUGGUUGAGGGACGAGGUUCGGAAUCUUCCGUGUACAUAUAAGUGCCGACAUGAUGCCGCUGCUGACUUAAUCCAUAUUUAUGCUUACACAAAGUGCUUCAUAAGAGUUCGGGAAUACAAAGCAGUAACUUCUCCCCCAGUCUACAUUAGUCCUCUUGACCUGAGCCCCAAGUACUCCGACAAGUUCACAGGUCUUCAGGAAUAUUGCAAGACAUAUGGUGAAAAUUAUUGUUUGGGGCAGCUGAUAUUUUGGUAUAACCAGACUAGUGUCGAUCCAGAUAGCAGCCUGUUUAGAGUAAGUCGGGGUUGCUUGUCAUUACCUGAUAUUGGUUGCUUCUAUUCCAAGGUUCAGAAGCCAUCAAAGCAUCGUGUUUAUGGCCCAAAGACUGUCAAAUUUAUGCUGUCCUGGAUGGAGAAGCAACCCCAUAGACCAUGGCCCAAGGACCGAAUAUGGACAUUCAAAACUAGUCCGAAAAUCUUAGGCAGUCCGAUGCUAGAUGCAGUCUUAUAUAAUAGUUCACUGGAUAGAGAGAUGAUGCAAUGGUUGAAGCAUAGACCAGCAAAAUUCCAUGCAAUGUGGGAUCGAUGAGACAAUUUGUUGUAGGGGUUUUGAGUCUUAGUGGGGAGCAGUUAGGAUUAUUAUUAUUAUUAUUAUUAGCCAAUACGUCUGUAAAUGUUUUUGGAAUGAUUCGGCAAUUUUAGCUUUUGGCAGCUACCCUUUCCCCUUUAGAGUGGUAGUUGGGGCAAUCAUUUCAAAACACCAUUUCUUGUGCCCCUUCUUUUCUCUUAUCAUUCUUAUGUACAGUUUUCAUCUUGAUUUUUGUAAUUCUUUUCGUUUAGAAAGGUCUUUGUUUCCUUC